UGUUUGUCAUAACGCUGCAAUGCCCGGUCUCCUCCCUUUAUUAAUAGACAGUGCCCUCUCGCAGCCAAAUGCCCGCAGGACCUGUUGCCUGCCGUGGUAAAUAUGGCUGAUAGGAUGGUCGUUGGGCUGCACUUCAGCUGCUCUGAACCCCACCUGGUCGCUUUUUGGGGCAAAAUGGUGAAUGUGACCUGAAUGCGGCGUAGGAUUUCAAUAAAUCAGGAUACCAGCGUUAAAUUAAUUUCUGAUCGCCUGGGCAUCGAUUCCAUUAGAGCUCCUUUCGCAGCGCUAUUCAUCGCCUCUGACUCUGCGGUCUGCGGCGGCCUGAGCCUCUGUGUACGCUGCUAUACAUGGAAAAGCUCUAUGCUCUUCGCCUGCGAUGCAAUUGUGUUAUAAACCACCGACGCUUUGCUCGAACAUUUGAUCAGCUGAAGGUGGGAUUAGGAGAGAUUUCUUGCUGAGCUCCAGUCGCCGCAUGCAGCUUGAUUGUCACACUGUAGCCCAUAUCAUUUAGUUUUAUUUGCACCAAGAGAACACCAGAAGACGCCCGAGCACAGACAGGAGGCAGGCGAUUUUUGGUCGCCGUUGGUGUGUGUGUGUGUGUGUGUGUGUGUGUGUGUGUGUGUGUGUGUGUGUGUGUGUGUGUGUGUGUGUGUGUGUGUGUGUGUGUGCAGUGAGCAGUAGAGGGGACGCGCUUGUUGCAUCGCCCAGUUGCACGUCUUGCGUUUGUCGUCGCCCUUUGGAGAGCAAUUCAAGCGUAAAAUCUACCAGCAGACCUUAAGAUCGGACGUCUCGAGAGGCCCUUUUGGAUAAAUCCGUUUUGUUGAGUGCAUUGAUCCCAAAUAAUAUCUUAAGAAUCCACGGUUUUUCAGCUGUGACAGUAUGCCCACCCGGGCGAUGACAUUUCACUGGACGCAGGAAGACUAGCGGCGUCUUGCGGAAUCUGCGCUCUCGCGGAGAGCGUAAUUUAUGAACGCACACCGGCGUUGGGGGACUGCGCUGAAGGAGAAUGCAGCAACGAGCCCUUUUCCGCCCCGCGCCGCUGCCCGGGGCCGUUUCCGGUUCCUGAGCGUCCCGCGGUCCCCCGUCACGAAACAGCGCGGGGAAAGCGGCGCCCACAGAUGGCAUGGGCACAGCCUGCGAAAGGUCUGCCGCUCUGCCCCGCCAACGGAGCCCACCCGCUAUACCCGUCCGCCGCCGUAACCCUACUCCGUUGUCCUCCUCGUCCAGCCUUUGCCCCGAAACCACUGCACCUGCACCUGCACCACCGCGGCCGGCCGCCCCUGAGCCACAGCCGACGGCAUGAGGAGGCUUGAUGCUGUGCACUUCUCCAUGCUGCUCGUCGGGGUCUCCUUUGCGUGCUACGCCCCGAGCUUGGAUUCCCUGCAGGAGCAGGCGUACCGAUCGGCCGUGGUGAUCGAGGGCGAGGUUCAGGAACUGCCCGCCAACGCCUCCGCCGAAACGUACAGCGUGAGCGUCCGAGUCCUAGACGUGUGGCCGACCAACAGUGGCGGGCUCGAGCGCCAGCAACUCGUAACCGUUGGCGACUUUGGCUCUGAGGCUCCGUGCGUCGCAGUGGAGAAGGACCACAGAUACAUAUUUUUCAUGGACCCCACAGAGGAGCCUCUGGUGUUCAGGGCGUCGUAUGCUCCUCGUGAAACCCUUGAGAAGAAUCUCAAAAAAGAUGUGGAGCGCGUUCUGUGCGAAGACUGCGCAUUAGCGCCAAAGGUGAAACCCAUGCGUUCUCAGUGGGUGUGGGAAGAUGAGCGUGUGACCCUAAAAUGCGAGGUGCAGGGCAACCCAAGCCCAUCCUUUCGCUGGCUCAAAGAUGGGAAUGAACUCCGCAAGAGCAAAGAUGUCAAAAUCAAAACCAACAAGAAAAACUCAAAGGUCCAGAUUAGCCAAGUGAGACUAGAAGAUUCUGGAAACUACACGUGCGUGGCCGAAAACUCGCUGGGCAAAGAUAACUCCACCAGCUACAUCAGCGUCCAAAGCAUAACUACCACGCUGUCUCCAGGCUCCAGCCAUGCCAGAAAGUGCAAUGAGACGGAAAAGGCAUACUGUGUCAAUGGUGGUGACUGUUAUUUCAUACAUGGUAUAAACCAGCUGUCCUGCAAGUGUCCAAAUGACUAUAAUGGUGAUCGCUGUGAAACCUCCGUUAUGGCCAAUUUCUACGAGCAUCUUGGAAUUGAAAUUAUGGAGGCAGAAAAACUGUACCAAAAGCGGGUCCUGACAAUAACAGGCAUUUGUGUAGCUCUGCUGGUGGUUGGCAUCGUGUGUGUUGUUGCAUACUGCAAAACCAAGAAACAGAGGAAGAAGAUGCAAAACCAUCUGCACCAGAACAUGUGUGUAGAACACCCCAAUCGUAUGCUGGCAAAUGGACCCAACCACCCAGGGCCUGGACCCAGCCCAGAGGAGAUCCCUAUGGUUGAUUAUAUCUCUAAGAAUGCCCCAGCCACCGAGCGAGUGAUAAGACACGGAACUGAGACAUCGGGCAACUUCUCGGGCAGCCGGAUGUCCUCACGGUCCCACCACUCCUCUACUGCCACCCACGCUUCGAGUCACCGGCAUGAGGAGAGGACAUGGAGUAUGGAGAGGUCAGACAGCAUGAACUCGAACUGCCACUCGGGGGCACUCUCUUCCUCUGUGGGCACCAGUAAAUGCAGCAGUCCAGCAUGUAUGGCUCGGCAUGCAGCACACUGUGGCUAUUCUGAGCCUGCACGGAGCCCCCUGCAGUACGGAGAAUCAUUCGACUCUCUGCGGGACUCACCUCACAGUGACAGGUAUGUGUCAGCAUUGACCACGCCAGCCCGUCUGUCUCCAGUGGACUUCCACUCCUCCUCACUGCCCCAGCAGGUGCCUACCUUCCAGAUCACGACACCCAAUGCCAGCCAUGCACUGUCCCUACCGCCAGCUGUAGGUUCCUACUCACCUGGUGAUGACCAGCCACUCCUACGCCGGCCGAGACGUACACGUAACCCAUACCACAGUGAGGUGACUGGAUCUCUCCCGUCUAGCCCAUACCGCCUUGCGGACAAUGAGGACUACGAGACAACACAGGAGUAUAUGUCGUCCCGUGAGAGGCCGAAAAAGAGUGGCAGUGGGCGACACUGGCACAGGAGAUCACGCCUCAAUGGACACGUUUCCCAGCGUGCCAAGGGGCCAAGAGACUACAGCUCACAGAGUUGCUUGUCGGACAGCGAGUGGGAGGAGGAGGAGGAGGAAGAGAUGGAUGAGCUGGGGCAUGGCGAGAGCACGCCUUUCCUCAGCAUGCAGAACAUGAGCAUGAACAACGAGCCGGCCACCAUCUACCGGCCCAAUGACAUGCGGACAUACAGCAGUACAGCGCGCAGCACGUCACGCUCAAACACACACACAAACAAACUGUCACAGUCACGGUCCAAACCAGACAAUGCACCCCUUUAAAUAAAGAGCAGUGAUGAGGACAGUGAAACAACAUAUCUAGGAGAGAGAGAGAAAAAAUGAUAUAUGCUAUAGACCUGCACCUAUAAGAAAUAUUUUUUAUUUUAUAUAACAGACAGAUAUUCUAAACAAAGGAAAUAUUUAUUUUCAUUUCAGCAAAAAUUGUCUACUAGCUAGCAGCAAAGACUUUUUUAUAGGGGGGAAUAUUUAUAUGUAAUUUCUGUUCUUUGGUUUACAGCAUUACGAAGAAGAAUCACGUGCCAAUUUUUUCACAACUUAGAAAUAGAAUAAUAUUGUGGUGCCUUUUGCUGUAUGCCGAUGAGGGAGGUUCCGUUGAGUUUUUUGUAGCCUUUCUUAAAAUGGACUCCUGGGUUUUAUAUAGACAUGUUUUUUUCUUGUUUUCUUUUUACUUUGUUUGUUCAGGAUCUCCCCAUUUGAACUGUGAUCUAAUUCUGACAUCAUGCAAUAUGGGAAUCACUUUUAUGUAAGAUGUUUGUUUACAUAAGUAGGGGUCCACAUACUGGUCAUUUUCCCAAGGCAUAUAUACAAUCACCAUGGGCACACUGUUUCCUGUUUGAGACAGGAAACAGUGUGUUUGUGUAGACAUUCUAAAGCUUUCUACACAAUGCCCCCUCACACUGGUUAUCACAUGUUGUUUGCAGGUCUGCAGGUGUUCAUAGGGCAUUGUACUAAGUCAUGGUACCUGCCCCGGUGUUCAGGGUUUUCAAAAUGGCAUUGUGUGUAUGUCCAAUGAAUGUGUUUACUCUACUGUAUGUAAGAGAAGGAUACUGUGUAUGUAUUUGUGUGUUUGAGUGUUGUUCUCUCUGUGUGUGCAUGUGAAUGCUAGGCUGAGUCGGUCUGUAUCUGUUUGGUUUUGUCGGUAUGCACCUACUUGUUGUGUGUCGAAGUGUAACAGGCACUAGUCUAAAGGUUUGGGUGUGUGUUUGUAUAUAAGUGUGAUCUUUCUGAUGGGUUUUGUCAUAGGGGAGCUCUGACUCUCUGUUUCCAAUAUGUUUGCUUUAAAAGAACAGAGAAAGGUACACUGGUGACUUUGCCACGACCCAGUGGUGAGAUGAGCUCAUUGCACUCUACCCUUCCUUCCAUGUGUAGUGUUUGGCAGUGGUGCCACCUGCAGAUGAACCUGUCCAGCCUGAUUCUAGCCUACAUAGACAUAUCCCAUUAGCUCACACGCCCCUGUUCCUAUGCCAGCAGCUUGAAGCCGCAAUGUGUCUCAGGACUUUCCAUCCAGAAACCCACAUGAUCCAUACACGCUUCUCCCUCUCAGAUCUGAUAUGAAACUCUGAGAAUGAUACCACUCAUAUUUUUGCUCAUUUGUGAAACCUGUAGAAAGUCUGUGAUGACCUGACAUUUUUAAAGUGCUUUUUCUGCUGCUCCCUCUCUCUUUAGUUGUGUUUGUCUGUAUGCAAGCUGGGAAAUUGCUGUUAGCAAAUCGGGUUUGGGCGUGCUACUUUAAGCGAACAGAUUGUGAAAUGACCUAAACACUCAGUCCAGCAAUGUUACACACCCAAAAUGUCCUAUCCACACACAAACACACCCACCUACACACCUGUAUCCACAUAACAUACACUGUGUCCUUGCAUCCAAAUACACUCCCACACACUCACACAAAGCUUCUCCUGAAUCACAGAUUUCCUUCAUUCCUUUCUCUCUCUCUUCUCUCGUUUUGUUCUUCCUCUGUCUGCCUGUCGAGGCAUCCCUUUUUCUGCAUGUCCUAGUGGUUCUGGUAGAUGGGUGCAUGGUAAACGCAGCAACCGAGUUGUCUUCACACGGUGAAAGUGUACUUUUCAUUUUGACAUCCAGCAAUAAACCCCCUUUUUUUCAUGCCCAUUCUUGACUUGGAAUAUGCUAGAAAUUUUUGCAAGUUUUCUCAGAAAAUAAUACUUGUACAAAAAUCAAACCACUUGUUCAUAUGGAAAAAAUAAAUCUUUAU